AUGCUUAGGUGUGGUAUUUUAGCUGACAUUGGCGAUCGGGCCGAUGUCUGUGUUGCAGAGGUGUUCGACACUGAGCUUAUUGGCGAGGGAGCGCUGCGAACUUUUUCAUUAGCGCACAAGCGUCUCCUCAAAGUGAAAAUCAGAGUGCCGGAUAUCUGCGCCAAGUGUCCGGGGUCGGUAGCCGUUCACGAUAUCCAUUUUGACCGUUUGCCCAUUCAUUAUUAUCACGUCCUUUCGGACGCAAUAAAAAUUUUUGAGUUUAAUUUUGAGGAUGCAAAAAGCCUCAUGUUUGAUGAAAGUCACGUUUGUAGUAUCGAAGUUAAAUGUGCUGGUUCAAGUCGAGCAGAUGCUGUGUUGCUGUGGUGGGAAUUGCAAAUGGAUGAUUCCGGCAAAAAUGUGAUUUCAACGCAGCCUCGAAGUGCUGGCAAUCCAUCACCUGAGAUCGACUGCGUGUUUGGCGACCCAUUUUUUUUCUCAUCAUUUCUUCCGUGGCACAACCUGCGAUUCUGGUACGUCGUUGAUUAUUUUAGGCAGAACGAUUCGCUGAGUACAGAUAUCAAAGUUUUUCCUGGUGGGGCGAUCGACGAAUGUGAUCCAAAAAUUGAACAACAUCCCAUUUGGGAAUAUGGUAGCAAAGCCUUGAGCUAUCCCACUAAACUAAUGGAAUGGGACAUGUCCAGUUCGAUACCACAGGACACGUACAGCACCGACAAUAUUCUUCUUCUUCAAACCAGCGGAACGUUCAAUGCCUUAAUUGUGUGGCUUGAUUGGGAAUUUAGCGACUCGCAACUCGUUUCCGGAUUACGUGAACCUUGUGCCCCCGGUCAGUCUCCUCAAUGGGACUUUUUCUCUCAAUUUGGUGUGCAUUUUUUGCGUGAGCCUUUCGUUCAAGUGGAAGAAGGAUUUAGAGUUUUUGUGCGUUUGCUGUUCGGCACGAUGCCUUUCAAAUCAAAGUCUAAAGAGCCAGUAGUCAAGCAGUCGAAGAACCAGCGCCUUACGCGGCGGAGAGCAGUGAAGAAAGAAACAUCGCUGGUUGAAGAAGCUCCAGAGAACAGUUCGGAAGCUGCGUCUGUCGAGGCGGAAGAGUUGCAGUUAAUGCAGUUACAGUUCAUUUCAACGUUCAUGCAAGACCUCAGAGUGUUUGUCCUGCACUGGCUUUGA